ACCCGGCCUCAGAUCCGCGGUGCAAGGCCCAUCAGCGCUGACAGGCUGUUUUCCAUUAAGAAGUGCCUGGCCUGGUUCCACGAGUACGCCGGCCCCGACAAGGUUGUCGGUCCGGAGGCCAUGGAGAAGUUCUGUGAAGACAUCGGUGUGGAACCAGAGAAUAUUAUCAUGUUAGUUUUAGCCUGGCAUCUAGAAGCAGCAAGUAUGGGGUUCUUCACAAAAGAGGAGUGGCUCAGGGGAAUGACGUUGUUACAGUGUGACUGCACAGAGAGGUUACAGAGUAAACUGGAUUAUCUGCGCAGUGAGCUCAGUGACUCUGCAGUCUUCAAAAACAUCUACAGAUACGCCUUCGACUUUGCAAGAGAUAAGGACCAGAGGAGUUUGGACAUGGACACGGCUAAGUCCAUGCUGCGCUUGCUGCUGGGGAGGACGUGGCCACUCUUCCCAGUCUUCCACCAGUUCCUGGAGCAGUCCAAGUACAAGGGGAUGAAUAAGGACCAGUGGUAUAAUGUUCUGGAGUUCAGCAGGACCAUCAACACAGACCUCAGUAACUACGAUGAAGACGGAGCUUGGCCAGUGCUGCUAGAUGAGUUUGUGGAAUGGAAGAAAGCUUGGUCAGCAUCGUAGCAGACGACGCCACAACACCAAAAAGAAAGAGAGAAAACAAAACCCACAAACACCAGAGGAAUCUUUGCAUCAUUUAAGAAAAAGGAAACUGCAGUUUGGGAUCCCACCAACACUUUGACAGACUUUAACAGUUUACACACACAGACGACAUAAUCCUCCGCAUCAUCAGCCAGCUGCAGUCCAGAGGCCUUUCUCUCACUAAGUAGACUUUUUAUAGUGUUAAUUUGGAGAAAAUGUUCUUAACAUAACAGAGAAGAGUUGUGGAAUUUCUGUUUUCUUGAUAAUUAUUUUUUCCCAUUUUGUGUCUUGUUUAUAGCUGUUUUCACUAUAAUAAAAAGGAAUCAGAAGUA